AUGGAAAAUGAAACUACCGUGUCUUAUUUUGUAUUCCGUGGAUUUUCAUACAGCCAACCAGUCCAAAAUUUCCUUUUCUUGGUGUUUUUGUUUAUAUAUAUAAUAACUCUGAUUGCAAAUAUUGCAAUUUUGAUGGUUAUAAGGAGCAACAGACACCUCAGCAGCCCCAUGUACUUUUUCCUGAGUCAUUUGUCUUUUCUCGAUGUCUGCUUCUCUUCAGUUACUCUUCCUAGAGUCUUAAUGAAUUUCUCUACAGACAAGACAAUUUCAUACAAUGGCUGCAUUGCCCAGAUGUUUUUUGUCAUUUUCACAGGAUGCACUGAAAUUUUCAUCCUUACAGCCAUGGCUUAUGACCGAUAUGCUGCCAUAUGUAAGCCUUUUUACUAUGUUCAGAUCAUGAACCCUGCCUUUUGUAGGGGGCUGGUCGGAAGUGCAUGGGGAAUAGGUUUCAUACAUGGAUUGGUAAAUUCAUUGCCUGUGUUGAAACUAAUGUUCUGUGGGCAAAAUAUUAUUAGGCACUUCAGCUGCGAACUCCCCACAUUACUUGCCUUGUCCUGCACAGAAACCUUCUUGAACAAGAUAACUUUCUUAAUUACUGCGAGUGCAGUAGUCAUUUUUUCACUCUAUGUUGUUCUGGUGUCCUAUAUUCAGAUCAUAUCUACAGUCCUGAAGAUGCAUUCAGCAGAAGCUAAACGAAAAACCUUCUCCACCUGCAGUUCCCACCUCAUUGUAGUGGUUUUAUUCUACGGCACUGCCAUCUUUAGGUAUCUGAGACCAAAGUCAGCCUCUUCAAUCAUUGUGGAUGAAUUCUUCUCCAUCCAAUAUAGCAUUUGCACCCCUAUGUUGAACCCUAUUAUCUACAGCCUGAAAACCAGGGAAGUGAAAGAAGCCAUUAAGAAACUCAUGAGAUAG